AUGCCACGCAACCAAGUUAAAGUUGCCUGUCGGCUUUGUCAUGACCGACGGGUUAAAUGCGAUCGCAGUGAAGGCGUCGCGUGUUCCAACUGCCGCAAUGCCCAGCGCCAUUGUGAGCCAAUAGUUUCUCGUCGUGGACGGAGACGAAAGCUUCCUUUUUUACCUAGUACAGCCACAAGCAAGGAUCGACCAGUACUCUCCUGUACUGUGCCGAAAGAAUUGAUGACUUCAUAUUCCCCAUACACUCAUCAACCCCAAGGAACAGAUAACCGACAAGGGCCAUGCUUCCCAACUCCUGGACCAUGCGGAAAGACACAUUAUGUUGGGGACUCUUCUAAUUUAAAUUACUUGAUACAACAAUUUGGGAACCCUUUCGGGGGUACGGAUGUGCGCCAACUUCAAGACCACCUCCAAGGCGCAAUUCUUGCCCGGGUAGGUAAAUCGACAAAGCAAGAGAUCGAAAGGCUCCACAUAACUGCCAUUGAACACUUGAAGAAAGAAGGGGCAUUCAAUAUGCCGUCACCCGAAAUCAGCCAUGCGCUUCUCGACGCUUACUUCCACCAUUCAUUUGCUGCGCUGCCUAUCCUUGAUCGAUCAAUAUUUCUUGGCACCCUGCAGCAGGGUUCAUUUUCACACCUUCUCUUGAAUGCUAUUUACCUCGCUGCCACUAUUUAUUGUUCGGAUUCUGUCAUUGCCGAUGCCGGAUUUCCGUCCCGCUACGCCGCAAGUCUCACCUUCUACAGGAGAGCCAAAUCUAUUUAUGAUGCUGGAUAUGAGACUGAUGCUAUCGCAACAAUUCAAGCCACGUUCCUGAUGUGUCACUGGUGGAGCGGUCUUCUAGAUCACAAAGACCCUUGGUACUGGAUUGGCAUUUCUACGGGAAUGGCACUCGCAUUGGGAAUGCAUCAAGUCAAGUCAUACACCAGUCUCGAAGAUAAAGAGCGAAAGAUAUGGCGAAGACUGUGGUGGAUGGUAUAUGCCAUGGAUAUCAAUCUGUCUAUGCUUCUCGAUCGUCCGCCCCACGUUCAAGGAAGACUGUGCAAUGUUCCUCCUCUGUCAGAAGCAGAUUUCGAACAUGUCAAUGGGCUCAAAGGUGCAGAGACUUUUGAUGAAACUCUCAAUGAGGCAAACGUCUUCGCGAUAAAUGCUGUGCAACUAGCUCGGAUAGUGGAUCGUUUCUUCACUCUGAAAUUUGACGAAGAUAGUGGUGAAUCGCAAGAUAUAUGUCUAGAGCAAAUUUCUUUAUGGUCUACCUUGCUCCCACCGGACUUCAAGAGCGUGUCAACGAAUAGCAGUACAUGGGCUAUAUUGACUCAGAUCUUGUACCAGGAAUAUCGUCUUAUCUUGCACCGGAGCAACCCCAGAUUCUCUCACAGCACAGGAUCAGGUACACCAGUAUUCGAGAUAUGCACAGAGAUCUCCCACAUGCUGGAAGUCAUCAUGGCUAAUGAUCUCGUAUAUGCAGCGGCAGCUAGCAUAAUUGCCCCUGUGCUAUCAGUGCUCCUAGUCUAUAUAGUCAACAUCAGUCGAGGAGACCCAGGUGUCCGAAUGAUUUCCGAAAAUCGCGUCCGCUUCUGCAUGGCGAUACUUGAGAAAUUGCAAGAUCGGUUUCCAGUCAUUGCAGCCUUCAUUCCGAUAUAUGAGGCUCUGUUGAAGCGGGCGGGUUUGCAGAUACAAGGCAGUACAAAUGUACUAGAAAGUCCGGCAGCGACAUCUUUGAUGCAAAAUGGGUCUCGUCAACCCGAUGAAGAGACUAGUUUUGACGGUACUAGUCCUGGGAGCUUGUUUGAUCAAGUCAUGCAAGACAACGUGGGCAAUAUGUUUCCCUUUUCGUUUCCGUUUGGCAAUUUGUUUGAAGAUAUUUUUAUGAGUUCACCGUCUCAUCAUACAGUUGAUCGUGAUGAUGAUAUAAUUGCUACUUUGUAG